CUAGAAAUGAAACAAGUGAACCAACACCCCUUCCCCCAAAGAAAAUGGCUGAAUCAAUUUGCAGAACCCUAAGAGAUGGCGCGUUAGAAGGAGAGCUCGCUCCCACUCUCACAAUCACCGACUCUCUCACUUCACCACUCGCCUCCGAUGUAUUCUCCCACCUCCUCCUUCAACUCUCCUCGCACCUCAUCGCAUCAAAAUCCCACUCACAGUUCCGUAGUGGUAUCGUCAUUGUUGCACUUUCUCGGACUCCAUCGUCUUAUGCUGCUUUGUUCAAGACCAAGGGUAUUCAUAUUUCAUCUUCUAACAACAACUGGAUUCACAUUUUGGAUUGUUACACUGAUCCUCUUGGUUGGAAAGAAAAGCCAAGGAAGUCACAAAAUGUUACAAAUCCUUCACACCAAGUUUCACUUGCUACUACUUCUUAUAAAACCGUCAAGGAUUUGGAUAAGUUGUUCUCGGUAAUUACUGAACUUGGCAGAGGAUUGAUUGGAGAAAAUAAAGCGCGCUUCUGUGUGGCCAUAGACUCGCUAAGUGAACUGUUGAGACAUGCAUCGUUGCAGUCAGUUGCCGGCCUUCUAAGCAAUCUGCGUAGCCAUGAUCAAAUUUCAAGUAUUUUUGGUUUAUUGCAUUCUGACCUUCAUGAGGAGAGGGCGGCAGCUGUUCUAGAGUACAUGUCUUCCAUGGUGGCCAGUGUGGCACCACUUCAUCAUUCUGCUGAGAGAGGUAAUUUAGAGAACUCCUUAUCGGAGCAAAACUUCACCAAGGGAAGACUUAAUGUCAGGUUCAAGCGCAGAAAUGGGCGAGUUAGAGUAACGUGUGAAGAAUUUAAAGUUGAGGCUGGAGGAAUCAGCUUGACCUCUGUUUCAUCAGCUGAUGGAGCAACCGUUGCAGGCCUACUGCCAAAGGUACAAUUCAAUCUCCAGUUGUCAGAGAAGGAGAAAACUGAUAGGGCAAAGGUUGUGCUUCCUUUUGAACACCAAGGAACUGGUAGACCAAUACAAAUUUAUGAUGGUAGAAGAUCCCUUGAUGAUAACAGCAGUGAGGCUGCACCCAUUUCAAGUGGUAAAAAGGAGAAUUCUGAGAUGGGUGAGAUUAUAUAUUUUCGUGAUUCAGAUGAUGAGAUGCCAGAUUCUGAUGAGGACCCAGAUGAUGAUUUAGAUAUAUGAACAUUCUCUUGUUGGUAUCUUCUGCAUCCCAAGGUUACCUGAAGGAUAGAUUAGGUUUCUAAUUAAGGCUUUGUUUGGAUUUUGGGGGGAUGGAAUGAAUUAGAAUAUAGAGGAGACAGAGGGAAAGAUCCACAGUUUGUGUUGUUUAAAAGAGGAUCUAACUCAAUGGAAACCAAUUGUAUAUGUUCCACUGCAUUCUCUCACUUUUGUCCCCCACCCCAGUCUGAGAGAAUUGGAGUGGAACAAAAAUUGAAGAAUGUAAAGAUUGAUUAAUCCAAAGCAAACUUUGUGCCAUUGAAGAAUGUAAAGACUGAUUCAUCCAAGAGGGCGGCACCAAUGUGUUUCAUCUAUCCUAUGUAACAAAUUGAGGAUCUUCUCUUUUUAUAUGAGGAAGAGUACCAUCAACAAAUUGAUUCA